AUGACUGUCUUCGUGCAAUCGCGGUGCCACUCCAUCCCAGGGCGGCUGCGGGUAGGCGUUACAGCCCCCGCCGUGAGACAGCAGAAGAAAACGCGGCCUCAAAGUGGUGAAAACCUACCGAGCACCAGCAGCUCCACCAGCAACGGAGGGGUGACCCCCGCCGGAGCAAAGCGGCCAGCCGGCCGACCUCCUUCGCGUCUGGCUGCGACGGCAGCGAAGAGCGGACGCGAAGUUCUCGUCGGCAUCACCGAGCCGGGCCACGAGGACACCGACGUUAACGUCCUGGUUCCGGUGAAGGACGUGGUGCCGGUGCCGCUGGCGGACAUCUCGCAAGCCGCGGCGGACUCCCUGGGCGGCGGGGAUGCGACCCGCGUUUCGAUGGAGAGGUUCUGCAAGACCCUGGAGAGCGUCUUCCGGACCGAGUUCUCUGUGAAGGUAGACAGGGCCAACGCCGACUUCGUGCUCGGGGGCGGGCGCGACCGCACCACCGCCGGCCGUGGCAGUCGAGGUGCCGGCGGCGGCGAGCUGCUACAAGCACCUCAGCCGCAAGCGGGGCAGACAACGAAAGAAGGGGGCGCUAAGGGGGAAGGGAGUGCUGGCGACGACGAGAGCCCAGGGACGGCAAUGGCUACUACUAAAGGGGUUCUAAAGAAGGCCGGCGACAGCUGGAAGAGCAAGCGCGGCAGAUGGAGAGAUAGCCUGCGGCGAAAGAAGAAAAUCGAGGCCGAUGCUAGCGAAGACUUGGGAGAGGCUCCUCCGGCCCCGGCAGCGGAAGUCGUCGCGGGUAAACGACGAGGAAAACGAAGCGGAGGGGGCAAGAGACGUAGCGGUCGCGGCGAUGAUAGCCGCCGUAUUGUCGACAGGGCUGGUGAGACCGCGGCGGUCCCUCUGCUAGAGCUUGUGGACGAACUCGUGCGGAACGCCAUGUUCAGUCCCAUCGGCGCCCGAGAUGUCAUGAUGUCGCAGGCUCUUGCUGCGGAGUUCCCCACCGCCGCUGGCGUUCGGCCGGUCUUUGGUAGCUUGGCGAACGUGUACGAGCUGCUGCGCCGUCGGUGUCGUGAUGUGGAGGGAGAGGUGGCAGCAAACGAUUCCCGAGGCGAGGACGCCGCCGCUGCGGCGAAGCGUAUCAGGGACAGCGAACGCGCCAUGCUGCCGUUCGAGGGGCGGCUGCUGGUCUUCUGGAGGGGCAAUGGCGUGGAGGAGACGAGGGGAAGGCUUCUGCUCAAGAAGCUAGACUACUUGCAGAGCAACGCCGUCGGAUGGCUUUCUCAGUCCGUAACCGAUAGCCUGAAGGCUGGCCAACAGCAAGUGGUCGGGGCCGUGGAUACCGUGGCCAGGGACCUCGCCAGACGAAAGGACAGCGUUGUCCGCAGCCUGGCGGAGGGGGCGAUUGAGUUCGGCCUGGAGCGAGACUCUUUGACGCAGUUCCUUCCGGUAUCAAACGUCACGGAGAUGGCCUUGACGAAAGAGCAGGAGGCUCUAGAUGAGGCGCUGGAGGCAUUGCGGCGCAACUCCCGCCGGGGCCCCGUGAAUUUUCAGCGCUACGGCAUGCGCGAGGUCAACGUCAAGCUCGAAGAGUUCUCCGAGGGUGGGGCGUGGCCUCCAGGAGAUGACUCGUGGUUUUGGGAGCCAGAGGUGCCCGCAGCAGCGGAUACAACGGCGGCAGCGGGGCAAGAAAGCACGAGGGAUGGCGUUUUGGAUGAGGGUGCGGGGAUGGAUGAUUCUCCUAUCCCUGGAGAGGUCCCUUCCACCGUGCUCCCCAGGGUGACGCUGGCUUCCGUGCUGAGCCCUAGCAGGCUGAGCCCUCCCGGCAAAUCGGCCGUCGCGGCCACUACCAGCAGGAACAGCAGGAACAGCACCAACAGCCUGGGACAGAUUGGACCGGAAUCUGCAUCUGGGUCGAAUGAAUCGUCGAGGUCGGCCCUGUCGCGGCUGUUAUCGAAGUGCACCGUGAAGGAGCCAACGUACGAUGAGGUGGUGGUGGUAUACUUCAAGAGGACACGACGGCCUAUCUUCAAGACACCAGCAACGUUGGCCGCGCUCUUGGGGGCUGCGACAAGAAUCGGCAACAAAGUCCGCGGCGUUGAUAAGGUGGACGCCGCUCAAGACGAUGCCGACGAGGUCAAGGCUGCUGGGCUAGGACUGCAACUGCGAGUGUACCGUGGAGUUCCGUUGGUGAACCUCAACUCCAUCGCGCCGGACAAGAAGGUCGAAGUCCGCCCUCAGACUGCUCUACGAUUAGAUCUGAACACCGUCGUCGGUUUGGGGUUGGUGCUGGCUAACUUGCGGUUCGACUCCCCGGUGCUCGUGGCGGCGGCGACGGUGUCGGUUGUGCUGCUGGUGAUCAGGACUAUUGUCGGCUACCUUAAUGCAAGGAUCCGCGUCGAAUCGUUUGUGUCUCGCGAUAUUCUGGACAAAACCAUGGGCUCCAAUGUUCCGGUGCUUAGACAUCUUGCAGAGGAGGCAGCGCAGCAAAAGUCACGGCACGUUGCCAUGGUGUAUGCCUCCCUGCUGCAGUGCGCUAUCGACACCGCCCCCGAGCCAGCAGCAAGUGGUGCCGCCGGCGAGUUCGAGUGGGGCGACCUGGCCGCUGUGUCGAUUGCGGCGGUGUCUCGGCACUGCGACACCAUGAUGAAAGCGUGCGUUGCGCUACCCUGGGAGGCCAAGCUAGAUGUGCCGUACUGGCUGAAAGAGCUGGAAAACCUCAAGGCAAGUUCUUGUUCGCCUGGACGAACCCGGGCGGGAGGGCGGAAGGGACUCGAACGCUGACAAGGUCGGCUCGUGCUCGUUACCGUUGGCUCUUGAGGACCUGAGCACAACCGCUGCUUCCGCUGUAGCAGCAUCAACAGCGCCACCCCAAGCUAAGCCGCCAGGAGGAACGGCAGUUGGUGGCUCUGCCGUCGUGUUUUGUCGGCUCCUCAACCCCGAGGCAGCGGUGGAACAGCUCAAGUCAAAAUGGUCCGAACUCGUGGAACCUCCACCAGAACGAUUCAAUGAUGCGGGGAGCCGUGGCUCCGGGGAGCCUAGCACGCCGUGGCGAAGGGUUGGUGGGGCUAGCGAUUAAGGGCGGGGCGAACAGUCCCUAUUUAGUGCCGUCAGUAUCGUUCAGAGGACGACGAGUGUUUGGUCUACCAUGGUGCUUCUCGUGAUGUUUGUCAUGUGUUUGUGUGAGCCUCCGUAGAAGGUCGAUUUGUUUGUGUUGUUUCGUUUAUUUGGGGCGGAAGGCGGGCGGGCUCGG